AUGGAUUCCCAAUCACUUGUGGUCGUUGCCGGCAUUUCUCGCUAUGCUGAAAGUGGCAAAAGCUCGCGGCCGCUCACACAGGUCCACGAGACAGUCUUCUCAUAUCUGUAUUGCAUAGUCCACCAUUUGAGUAUUGAAAAACUCAGCACCGAACCACCUUUGACAAGUUACUUUAAGUAUGAACCGUUCGAUCUAGACCGAGCACACUUUCGACUCGUUAUACUUCACAAAGGCUCCAAACACGACGAGAUUCGCUGCAGCCUUUUUCAAGCAUGCCUUCCCGAUCGCCAAAGCCAAAAGACGGAAGCAAGCAUCCAAGACGUUGAAAUCUUUCUACCAUAUGAAGCUUUGUCGUACUGUUGGGGUGACGAUGCCAGAUUGCGCAACAAGAUCACAGUCGACGAGAAAGCGCUCUUCAUCACUGAUAAUCUACUCGACGCUCUUCGAAAUGUGAGGCGAACUGAGGUAGAUCGCAUCCUCUGGGCUGAUGCUAUUUGCAUCGACCAAAGCAACGUCCUAGAGCGUGGCCAUCAAGUUGGAUGGAUGGGCGAAGUGUACAAGCAUGCUAAUGAAGUUUUAUGCUGGCUGGGACAUGUGGAACACACCACCAGUCCGAUACUUGCGCUGCUUGAGAAGUUCAAGCGCGAGGUUCCACAAAAAGCAUGGAAGGGUUGGUCUGUUGACGAUCAUGGAUGGCGUGGGGUCUGGGAGCGAGUGCAUGUGGAUCCAACACGGCACGACUACCAUUCGCAGCUCAAGGACCUGAUGGCUAAUGCCUGGUUCAGUCGGGUGUGGAUUUUACAAGAGGUGGCUAACGCUCGCAGAACGUCAAUUGGCUGUAGUGAGGGCUGGAUCGACGGGAAGGCCUUCGCCAUGGCACCGUCACUUCUCAAUGUGGACCCAGGCACGCAGUGUCAGGCAGUAAUUGACAUCAUGCCAGGUCCAACGCGGUCGUCUUCAUGGUGGGCCCAAAAGCCGAACAUAUGCUCCCUCUUGUGGAGGUUCAGAGAGAGUCAAGCGACUGAUCCCCGCGACAGACUCUAUGCGCUCUUAGGUCUUGCUUCUGACUUGAAAGGGAAGAUUAGAAGACUCAAAGCAGAUUACACAAUAUCAGAAGAAGCAGUUGCGAGAGAUGUUCUGUCUUAUUUAUAUGGCAGCGACAUGUCCAUCGGUACCAUCAAUCGACCGAGAAUUGCUGGUAUUCAGGCAAGAAUUCUGAAUUAUUCCGCCGCAGCACUAGAGAAAGUUGUCUUCUCGGGAGUGGACGUCAAAGCCGUGGAUGACUAUGUACGGAGAGAAAAUUCAAUGGUCUGGCUCACAGAAGACAUCGUUCAGAUAUUAACGAAGGAUUAUUCCGGCGGGAAGGUGAUGGAGCUCCUGAUAAGAGAACAGGCAAACAUGGUCGUGACAGAGCGCCUUGUCAAAUUCAUAGCUCGCAAUUUCGGCAGCGAUUGUUUGAGGCUGCUGCUGGAUCGACGAUACAGAGAAGUCGUUAUCACAGAGAAGAUCAUCGAAGCCGCUGCAGGGAACCGGAAGUCUGGCGCCCAGAUCAUAGAGCUGCUGCUCGACGGACGGACAAUUAUCGACGUUACCGAAAGCUUCCUCGUAGCCCUUUUCAGCAACUUCAACAGUAAUUGUCUGAAGCUGCUGCUAGAUCGACGAGGCGGAGAAGUCAACAUCACAGACAAGGUCGUUGAGGCCGCUGCAAGGAACCGGGAGUCUGGCGCCCAGAUCAUAGAGCUGCUACUGGAUCGACGAGGCGGAGAAGUCAACAUCACAGACAAGGUCGUUGAGGACGCUACAAGGAACCGGGAGUCUGGCGCCCAGAUCAUAGAGCUGCUGCUGGAUCGACGAGGCGGAGAAGUCAAUAUCACAGACAAAAUCGUUGAGGACGCUACAAGGAACCGGGAGUCUGGCGCCCAGAUCAUAGAGCUGCUACUGGAUCGACGAGGCGGAGAAGUCAACAUCACAGACAAGGUCGUUGAGGACGCUACAAGGAACCGGGAGUCUGGCGCCCAGAUCAUAGAGCUGCUACUGGAUCGACGAGGUAGAGAAGUUAACAUCACAAACAGGGUCGUUAUAGCCGCUGCAGAGAACUGGGAGUCUGGCGCCCAGAUCAUAGAGCUGCUACUGGAUCGACGAGGCGGAGAAGUCAAUAUCACAGACAAGGUCGUUGAGGCCGCUGCAAGGAACCGGGAGUCUGGCGCCCAGAUCAUAGAGCUGCUGCUGGAUCGACGAGGCGGAGAAGUCAAUAUCACAGACAAAAUCGUUGAGGACGCUACAAGGAACCGGGAGUCUAGCGCCCAGAUCAUAAAUCUACUGCUAGAUCGACGAGGCGGAAAUGUCAAUAUCACAGACAAAAUCGUCGAGGCCGCUACAAGGAACCGGGAGUCUGGCGCCCAGUUCAUAAAGCUGCUGCGAGAUCGACGAGGUAGAGAAGUUAACAUCACAAACAGGGUCGUUAUACCCGCUGCAGAGGACUGGGAGUCUUGCGCCCGGAUCAUAGAGAUGCUACUGAAUCAACGAGGCAGAGUGUCAGAGCCCUCCCCGAUAGGGGCUAGUUAG